AUGGCCUGGACCCUCGCAAGCAGCAUGAACUUGAAUGGACAGGCUCCAGCAUCCCAAACUCCGAAGCGGCAGUUGUACCCAACCCGGCCUAACCUGAAUCUCAACAGUCCGACAGUGCGCAGGAACCCUAGCAACACCCAACCAAUCCUGCUCAGGCCUUUACUUGCUGGCGGUCCUGCUGGUUCUUCUACUGGCGAUAGGCAUGCCUAUUCACUGAACAUUCUGCUCGCCAUUGCAAAAAAACCAGCCUCUCAAGAUGAAGACUCCCUGAUAGGUGCUAUCACACUAAUGGCAACGGAUGCGGCAUCCUUUCGUAAGCUUUACAAACACAGCCCUGGCGAGUUUCAAGAGAUGGUGCACUAUGUGCAUAAAACACUUGGGAAGGACACCUUUACCAGAUUAAUCACACGCCUGCACCAGAACAUUAUCUUAAAACUCAGUGCCUACCUGGAAGAGAAGGGGAAUGGGGUGAAUAGGCCUGAACGCGAAAUAGGUGAAGCUGCAUUGAAGGAUUGGUGGAAUGUUUGGUGCAAGUUGGCGGGCAAGCCGGUUCCAGAGGAGAUUGCAUGGUAG